AUGGAAGUCGGAGAACUCCGAUUCAUCGAUGGCCUGUGCAUCCGCUCCUUCUUCCCCGAAAAACUUAUCAAAUCAGCCAUGGCUUACAGUCCCCGCCCCGACGACGUGUUCGUCGUUUCGUGCCCCAUGUGUGGUACGACCUGGACUCCGUAUCUAAUACUCAGCAUCCUCACGGACGGAGAACCGCCAACGAACUUUGACGACUUCAUGCUAUCCUCUCCAUACAUGGAAAUGAUGUUCGCGGAAGCGGCUGAGAAAAUGCCCAGGCCUGGACUUCUCAAAACACACCUACCGUUCGAAAAACAUCCAUACUCCCAACAGGCAAAAUACAUCUACGUCGCGCGCAAUCCGGACGAUGUAUGCGUGUCGUACUACUAUUUCUUGAAAAGCAUGACAUCAAAGAGAGUUAAGGACGUCUCGUUUGCCAAAUUUCACCAGCUGUUCGCCUCGGGCAGUGUGUCCUACGGCGACUACUUUCACCGCUUGCUUUCUUGGUACAAGCAUCGCCAUGACGAGAACGUUCUGUUUCUGACCUACGAACAAAUGAAUAAGGAACCUGAGUAUUGGACGCUGAAGAUUGCGGAUUUCCUAGACGGUGAUUGUGUGGACCGCUUGCGGGAGGACCCCGUUUUGCUUAAGAAGGUACUCGACGCCACAAUGCUGCAGAAAAUGAAGGAGGUGUUUAACGGCAAGAUGUUCACUGUCAUCCAGCGUCUGUUGAAUCUGCCCCCCCACAGGGCCAUCAAAUCCAUGGAAAUCUACAGGAGUAAGCUGGCGCACCGAGAACCGACGCACGAAGACCACGGCUUUGUUCGCAAGGGUGUCGUUGGUGACUGGAAAACGCACUUCACUAAAGACCAAAUCAAGAAAACAAAGGCCUGGAUUGCGAGAAAAACUGUAGAUUCUGAUGUCAUGCAGCUGUGGCAAGAUCUCCGGCUCCCAUGA